AUGUCGCUACUUUUAACAGAAACAAAAAAAUCACAAUAUGAAGAAUUAUCCCUAUUGAUGGCUAUGUUUGUUGAUGAUGAAUUCCAAUGGUUGGGUAACGAAGAACAAGUGGAGCUUUGGAAGCCGGGAUAUCCUGGAAUUAUUAUCGUGGAAGGGUUAUAUGACAAUGUGCAAGAAUAUAUUUCAAGAUUAAAAAAUUUACGUUGGCAAGCAAUUACUGUUCGUUCAGAAGAAACCGAAACGUUUGAAAAUUAUGACGAUGAUAAUAAUAAUGUACCAUUGAAGAAAGAUGAUUAUAAAGGAUAUUUAAAAUUAAAGUUAGAAUGUAAUAAUCCUGGAAUUUCAGAAAUGAAGGAUAUGUCUGAAAUCUCUUCAAGGUAA